AUGCGCAACAUCUCGUCCAUCUCUGCUCUUGCCCUGUUGCUGGUUUCAGCAGUGGCAGGUAGCGUAUCGCCUGCUGACACCACCGAAAUUCAGCGUGUUGUCGAGUGCAACCCGGAAUCUGGAUUUUGCAAUGUUGAACUUGUGGACAGAGCCGUGACGAGCACAAAGCACUCGAGUUCGAGCUCUUCUCACAAGACAACUUCGACUAAGAAAUCAUCCUCGACUAAAAAGUCAUCUUCGACCAAAAAGUCUUCCUCGACCAAAAAAUCGUCCUCCACUACUGCGAAGACAACCUUGAAGACCGAGGUCAAGGUCGUGACCACGAAGGCAGCGUCAACAUCCACCUCGUCCAAGAAGUCUACUUCAUCAUCGAGCUCCAAGAAGACUUCCUCGUCAUCCACCAAGCUCAACACUGUCGCCAAGGCUGUGACCUCUUCUUCAAAGACCUCGAGCACUAGCACCAAGCCUGCUUCUAGCAGCUCCAAGGUCUCAACUAGCAGCAAGGCUACCUCGAGCAGUUCGAAGGUUACUUCGUCUUCGAGCUCAAAGAAGCCUACUUCAACUUCAAGCUCGUCUAGCAGCAAGAAGACCAGCAGCAGCAGUACCUCAUCAAAGGCUUCUUCCACAUCUGUGAAGCCAUCCUCAACCACCUCGUCAGUAACCCUUUUGUCUUCCAGCACAUUUAGCAUAUCCAUCCCUGCAGCAGCAUCUUCUUCUUCUUCUUCUUCGCAAGUUGCACUGCCUCUGUCUAUCAACCUGUCGUCGUCGUCAUCGUCAUCAUCGAGCUCUGUGUUGAGCUCACCCUCCGCGCCAUCUGCCGCUGCUACAUCUGCUUCGUCGAGCAACAGCUCCUCAGUGAUUAGCACCAGCAGCAGCACCAGCAGCAGCAGCAGCCUGGCCUCCUCGUCCCUGAGCUCGUCUAGUGCUAGUUUGGCUGCUGCUACGUCGGGAUCAUCGAGCGCUACCUCUGCAUCUCUGUCGUCGACCUCCUCUGUCCUGUCAUCCUCAUCUUCUGCCCUUUCAUCAUCAUCAUCUUCUGCAUCCUCUUCAUCUUCCUCAUCCACCACACUUUCAUCGUCUUCACAAUCCUCUUCUCUGCCCACAAGCUCUGCCCAAAUCACGUCAUCUUCUGCUGCCGCAUCAUCCACAUCAACCUCCUCAGACAGCACACUCACACCCUCCGACAGCAAAACCUCCUCCUCCACCAAACCUACCACAAGCUCCACUAGCUCUAGUAGCUCGACUUCGGUCAAGCCUACUACCACUUCAUCCUCAUCAACCACUUCCAAAUCGUCUUCGUCUUCGGCAGCCAUGAGCACUAGCUCCAGCAGCAAGACAAGCUCGUCGUCUUCCUCUUCUUCAUCCAUUUCUUCAUCCUCCUCUUCUUCAUCGACCUCUUCGUCGUCAGCAGCGGCAUCCUCCACAGUUGCCGCUUGCAAGAAGCGCAGAAGAAAGGUCAGAAGAGCUGCCGUCGCUGUCCCCGUUGAGACACAGGCUCCUGUUAUGAAGCUCGCUGAUCUGCCGCCUGGCGCUGUUGCAGACAUGCUUUACUAG